AGUCCAAUGAAAGCUUUCGACACAAACCGGAGGAGACAAUCGACUGCGAUUUAGACUGAAAAACGGUGGUUGUUUCAUCGGAUGUGCACAUAAAGGCCACCGUUUCUCAACAGCCGGUACCGGCCGUCCUUCCUGUUCCCUGUAACCGGCCCGAUCUGCCGUUAGCGGCGUCUGUUCGGCCUUGUUUAUACUCCACAGCCCGGAUCAGGGAAGCAGGCCCCGGCGGUCCUGUGCGGGUCUAACGGCCGUUUGGUGCUCUGUACGGACCGGCUCUUUGGCUCACCAAAGAACAUGAACCAGAUGCAACAAUGACAUCCAGAUUUGGUAAAACCUACAGCCGUAAGGGAGGAGAGGGCACGUCCAAGUUUGAUGAAGUUCUGUCCACCAAGAGAGGCACCCUCAGCACCAAAUGGGGUGACACCACCUACAAGGCCAAGGUGGGCUCCAAGCGUGCUGGUGCCCCCAAGGAUGACUCUGUACUGGAGGUUUACAAGAGGCCCCGUCCCUCUGGGGACGGCCUAGAUGACCCGUUUGGGUUUGACAGCGAUGAGGAGUCUAAACCGGUGUCAUCCCGGGCUGGCAGCAAGUCGUCACCUGCCAAGCCAUCUUCAGCAGAGCCUCCGCAGGCGGAGAGGCCAGGGGUGUCUUUGGAUGCAGGGAACAGGUCCAGAUUUCAGGGAGGAUCCCGCUCUGUGGCUCAGGGGACAAUGUGGCCACCUGCUGACCGGAGUGAGCCCAUGUUGGUGGAGGACACGGCUCAAUUCUUCAAUAGCAACUCUGCAGGCACAGGAAAGUCCAAGCAGAGCUCGUUGUCGUUGGAGAACCAGCACAGCUACCUGUGGUACCAAAACGCCUCUGACAGCGACAAGAAACCUUUGGCUCAGACCACCACCCUGAAGACCGGCUCCAAGGCAGAAUCCACCUAUGACUCCUGGGACGCCAUCAUGGGACUGCGCCCACCAUCACCCACCCAGGAACCUCGUGGGCCGUCUUCUUCACUUGCCUGGGGCUCAUCUGAUCUUGACCUGGUGCAGACUCGGCUCGAGAAGCCCCGCUCUCCUCCGCUGCUCCAUGAUUCCAGAGAUGACGCCCUGAUGAUGGAGUCCGACCUCAUCGAGACGACCAGUUUCUCCCAGACCUCCACCUCGUUAUCACAUGACAGGAACUCAAACUGUCGGACUUACAGGAGACCCAACAAACAGGGCUCUGGCAAAACUUCGGACUCAAACAGUUUUACCAGCAUCGCUUUUGGCACAGAUCUUUCCAAGUCCUCAACAGACACUAACAAUACCAAAACAACCAGUGGAGGAGGGAGUCGGGGCCGGACGAGGGACUACACGGUGCUGCAGCCCUCCUCCAUGUCAAUGUUCAACGUAACCAUCCAGGGCCGGGCCACGGAGGAGUUUGGUUCUGAGACAGCGCCCACUAGUGGGGCUGGUGGUACCGCUUCAGGCAGCACGACACAGCUGGGAGAUGUGGGGUGGCAACGGAAGAAGACCGAAGCACAAAAUACGAGUUUCAGGCCGACCCAGUCCAAGUCGAAGAGGGACGCUAAAAACGACCUGUUCGGCUUCGACGACACCACCUUUCACCAGGAGGAGAACAGCGCCGACUGCUCCGACGGCAGGUCCACGUACAAGAUCCAGUACUUUGGGUUUGAUGACAUGAGCGACAGCGACGGCGCUGAGGAUGACUGCGGCUCUAAAGAAAGGAGGAAGGCCAAGAUGGCUGCGCUCUCCAACGUAACCCCCUCAGGUACGGCAGAGGAGCCACCCGAUGACGACACACCGGAUCCGUUCGAGAGGCUGGAGAGUCGAGAGAGUCCGGAGGGUUGGGAGAGUCUGGACCGACCCGCAGCCAAGGAGAGGAAGAAGAACUGUGAGAGGCCGGAGAGCAGCAGACGAGCAGACGUCCUGGACUUCUCCGAGGACGGUCUCAAAGUGCUGGCCUGCGGUCCCAGGAGGCUGCCUCAGAGCAAACCUGCCGAGAAGAACCCAGACACCUUGAGGAGGAUCUUCAGUGCCCAUAAGAAGUCUCCCACCAAAGCUGUGUACAACGCCAGACACUGGACCGUGGGGGGCGAAGAGGAGCCCCCGCCGCCCUUCCUCUGUCGACCGCACGCAGCUCCUGUGUCGGUCUCCACCGGGGGCGUCAGUAAAGAGGCCACGGACUCUCAGAAGGACGACGGCGUCUUUAAGGCUCCUCCACCUCCUCCCAAAGUCACAAAGUGUGUCACCGUCCCCACAGAUCCCUGCCAGGACACCGUCACUGCACUCAAGUGUCACAAGGAGCACAAGGAGCUGUACACGGUCGUCCAGCACGUGAAGCACUUCAACGAUGUGGUGGAGUUUGGAGAGAACCAGGAGUUCACGGAUGACUUUGAGUACCUUGCUACUGGUUUGAAGACUGGACAGCCACUAAACACUCGAUGCCUCAGUGUGAUCAGCCUGGCCACUCGCUGCGCCAUGCCCAGCUUCAGGAUGCACCUCAGGGCCAGAGGGAAGGUGGCUCAGGUCUUCAAGACUCUGAACGACGCCCCCCAACACCCGAACUUGGCUCUGUGCACUGCGUCUCUCAUGUACAUCCUGAGUAGAGACAGGCUGAAUAUGGACCUGGACCGGUCCUGCCUGGACUUGAUGAUACGGCUGCUAGAACUGGACCUGGACCAGGGAGGUGGGGCAGGGGCAGACUCCUGCGUUCAGUUCAGUGCCAGAGAACUGGCCAAAAUAAAGGAGAAGAUCAGGAAGCUGUGCGACACCGUGCACAACAAGCAUCUGGACCUGCAGAACAUAACGACGGGACAUUUAGCCAUGGAGACGCUGCUGUCUCUCACCUCCAAGCGAGCAGGAGACUGGUUCAAAGAGGAGCUGAGGCUGCUGGGAGGACUGGACCACAUCGUGGAUAAAGUGAAGGAGUGUGUGGACAACUUGAGCCAGGAGGACGAGAAGGAGAAGCUGGUGUCGUCGCUGUGGGGAGCCGAGAGGUGUUUACGGGUGCUGGAGAGUGUGACGGUUCACAACCCGGAGAACCAGAGUUAUUUGAUCGCCUACAAAGACUCAUCGCUCAUCGUCUCCUCUGCAAAAGCUCUGAGGAGGUGCGAGGAGAUGAUCCGGCGGCACAGCGGGGGAGCGGACGCUGACGGAGGCGUGGUGGGGAAGGCCGUGGAGAACUGCAUGAGAGCCAUCAUCGGAGUCCUGCUCAACCUGACGCACGACAACGAGUGGGGCAGCACGAAGACGGGCGAGCAGGACGAUUUACUGGUGACGGCUCUGAACUGCGUCCUUAAAGUUCCUCAGUUCCUCCGUCAGGAGCAGAGGUUCGACAUCAGGGUUCUGGGUCUGGGUCUGCUCAUCAACCUGGUGGAGUACAGUGCCAGGAACCGCUACGGUCUGAUGGAGAUGGAGAUGGAGAUGGAGGGGUGUCAGGGUCCCUACGACUCCACAGUCCUGCUCAGUCCGGAGCACCAGGACCUGCCCGGCGCCGGCAGCGGCCCUCUGAGCGCCAUCGCUGCUCUCGUUCAGCUCUUCCUGCAGCGGGAGCGAGCCGCCGUCCUGGCAGAGGCGCAGACUGAUGACCUCAUCAAAGAACCUCCCAAGGCGGCGCUGGACCAGAGCGGACAGUGGCAAGAGACCGGCGGUGAGAUCCAGUGGGUCGCCAACGACGAGACGGAUAAACCGGACGAAGCCAAGAAGAAGGAGGAGGAAGAGGACGAGCAGCUGGACCUGAACAAAGCUCUGCAGCACGCAGGGAAGCACAUGGAGGACAGCAUCGUGGCGUCGUACACCGCCCUGCUGCUGGGCUGCCUGUGUCAGGGGAGCUCCAUCAAUGUGACUACUGUGAGAGAAAACCUGCCAAAAGGAGACUUCUCCAUCAUGACAGAGAUGCUGAAGAAGUUCCUGAACUUCAUGAACCUCACUUGUGACGUCGGAACCACGGGACAGAAGUCCAUCUCCAGGAUCAUCGACUACCUGGAGCACUGCUAGACACACACACACACACACACACACACACCACAACCUCCUCAGCCCGUUAAAGGACGCUUCCAUCAGUUUUGGAUGGAUCUGAUCCAAAGGUUCAGUUUUUUAUUUUCAGUAUUUCUCAGAACGUUUGUCCUGCUGGACCUUCACCCUGGUCCUAGCAGAC